AUGCCAGUGAGAGAUAACCUCUCGUUCGUCCCGUUUCUUCAGUUUGCGAUCUCGGUCGCAACAGCCACAUGCGAUGGACUCGGGGAGUCGGGAACUGCAUCGUCUCCUCCGUCUCGUGUCCUCUGUUCCCUUCGAAGCCUGAUGGAGACUCAAUCGCCGUCGUCGUCUCGGACGACCCCCAUCCUCAAAAAAAGACAGAAAACCCUGGUCGUGGUCGGAGACAGCAUCUUCCGCAGCAUCAUUCCCUUCCUCAGAGUCCCCACGAACACUCACGUGAGGAAAAUCGCGGACAUUCGAGCCGCAUUCCCGUGUUUUCACCCGAACAAUGCAACGAGCCAUCUCCAGGUGCUCCGGAGCCUCGGAGGAGCAACUCUGCAAGACCUCACGGAAGUGGUGAAGGACCUGAACGCGGACUCGACGACGAUCGCGGUCGUCAUCGGGACCGGCACCAACGACCUCAGCAAGACGCUCAGAAAGCUGAAGCCGGGGGACAGGCGCGCCUCUCCCGAGAGCCGCAAGGAACGGGGACGGAUGCUGGCCUCCGCGUUCGACGACGCCGACAGCAAGUUCGAGCUGGACCUCGCCGACCUCCUGCACGCCGCGAGAGAAAAGUGGAAGGCCUCGGUGCCUCUCGUGUUCGUCCCGCCGCUCCCCAGACACGACAGGCGGGAUCUGCUGAGGGAGACGAAGUCGCUGGUCAUCAGGGCCCGCCGGGUGACCCAGCGGGUCGCCAAGCGCUUCGAGAACGUGCAUUUCUGCAGCAACUCGGCGUGCAUCGAGGAAAUCGACGCAGAGGAGACGGGAUUCCAGCGUCGAGGAACGAGGUCGAACGAGGUCGAAUCGAGGUCGAACGAGGUCGAACGAGGUCGGUGA